AUGGAUUUUUCUAAGCAUAGGCCAUACAAUAACAAUGACAUAAUUGGCCGUGAAGAACUACCACGAAUUUCAGCCAAAUCAGGCCAUCAAAGGCUGAGAGAGAGAUUAGAAUUAUACGAAUUCGUAGAACAAGAAGUUUCAGGAGAUGGCAACUGUCAAUUUCACUCAAUUUCGGAUCAAAUAUAUGGGAGUUGUGAGCAUCACAAAUUAGUAAGGGAACAAGUUGUUAAACAACUAAAAUUUUAUGGAGAGUUGUAUGAGGGGUUUGUUGCAGUGGAAGAGUAUGAUGAAUACUUAAAGAGAAUGAGCAAUUGUGGUGAAUGGGGUGAUAAUGUAACUCUGCAGGCUGCUGCAGAUUCAUAUGGGGUUAAGAUAUUUGUCAUUUUUAAGGACACCGACUACAUUGAGAUUCUUCCGCAAAGUGAUUGUAACCACAAGUCGAACAAGAUGAUUUAUUUGAGUUUUUGUGCUGAAUUGCAUUACAAUUCAAUGUAUCUACAAGGAGAGUAUUCAGCUGGAGAAACCUACUGGUGGGCAUAG